AUGGACAACAAAGAUGACGAACUACCUGACAAAGAUGCAGCCAAAGAAUUUUAUGCCAGAUAUGAACCCAAAGAAAUAUUGGGCAGAGGUGUUAGCUCAACUGUACGAAGAUGUGUAGAAAAAGAGACUGGUAUGGAAUUUGCAGCAAAAAUUAUAGACCUCAGUAAUGAUCCUGAAAAUAGAGGAGCUACUUUAGAAGAAAUCAAUAUAUUAAGAAUGGUUAUUGGACAUCAAUAUAUUAUACAUUUACAUGAUGUAUUCGAGUCGGAGACAUUCAUAUUUUUGGUAUUUGAACUUUGCAGAAAUGGAGAGUUGUUUGAUUACUUAACCAAUGUUGUGACAUUGUCUGAGAAAAAAACUAGAUAUAUAAUGAGACAACUAUUUGAAGCUUUGCAACAUGUUCAUAGACAAGGUGUUGUACAUCGAGAUAUUAAACCUGAAAAUAUUUUACUUGACGAUGCACUGGAUAUAAAGCUCACUGAUUUUGGAUUUGCAAGUGUUUUGAAACCUAAUCAAACACUUAGAGAUUUAUGUGGUACACCAAAUUAUUUAGCUCCAGAAGUAUUAAAAGUAAAUAUGUUUGAUGAUGCUGAUGGAUAUGGAUUCUCAUGUGAUCUGUGGGCAUGUGGUGUAGUGAUGUAUACACUAUUAAUUGGUUGUCCUCCGUUUUGGCACCGUAAACAAAUGAUUAUGUUAAGAAAUAUAAUGGAAGGAAAAUACACUUUUAAUUCUCCAGAGUGGCAAGAUAUUUCUGAGUCGCCAAAAGAUUUAAUUAGAAAACUUUUAGUUUUGAACCCGGAUGAAAGGUUGACAGUAGAUGAAGCACUGGAACAUCCAUUUUUUAAUAUUAAAAUGUUUGAUCAAGAUAUUGCACCACUAAAAAGAACGCUAAGCCUAAGUUCAUCAAAAUUCAAUGAAAUUUCAAAACUGGCUAAACAAAUUAAAGUGAGGCCAUUUAAUGCUCGUAAGAAAUUUUUAUAUGCUAUCUUAGUAGUGCGUGUGGUGAUUAGGUUAUUACAAUUAUUACCAUGUUCAACUGGUACAAUUUCUGUGAAAUUGGUUAAACAAGAUCCUUACAGGCAUAAAAUUUUGAGAAAACUUACUGACGCAAUGGCAUUUAGAGUUUAUGGACAUUGGAUUAAAAAAGGAGAAGGGCAAAAUAGAGCUGCUCUUUUUGAAAAUACACAUAAGACUGAAUUAAAAGUAAUUUACAUGAGUAAUUUAUCACCAUCAUUAUAGAUACUUAAGUAUUGUAAUUAUUAUAUUUAUGAUAGUUAAUAUAGAGACUGUGUUGUUAAAUUAUAUUU